AUGAGAACCAUAACUCGAGGAACCUCUGAGAUAUCAUCAGGCCAUUCUCUUUUUGCAUACUCGCCUAAAGACGGUGCAUCAGAUCAGAUCCCACGAGUUUCGCUGCAUGCGCCCGUCGCACCAAAGAUUUUCCCUCCUGUGCAUGCAUGGGACUUCAUGUGCAUCCAAACGCCCUCGCCGAACAACGUCCCGCCAAACGCCGCCACGUGUCCGACCGCGCAACCUGAAAAUAACGGCUGCCAUGCUUCCCUUGUCGAGGCCUCCCGGCCAAAAUGUCUGCCUCACCUGCGCUGCUGCGCAUGUCAUGUCUAG